AUGGAUCAGGCUAUUCUUCGAUCUGGCACUCUCUCUGUCGUCAACUUCAUCUUCUGCUUCGCAGGGCCAUAUCUUGGUUUUCUCGCCGAUCUCCUUGGCUUAUCGCUACGAUCCUGCCGGCGCCUUCACGCUCUAGCGGGGACUUUGGCUGCGGCUCUUGCGGUCUUCCACGCGGCUGCAGCUGGCGCAGCGAAGGGAAGGCUGGAUUUGCACGCACCAGAAGAUGUGUUUGCCUUGGUGUCCAUUCUAUGUCUAUGCGCACAGCUGAUCCCUUUGGCACUGCGACGCGUCUCGUACGAAGCUGCACUGCGCAUCCAUCAGAUACUCUCGUUCGCCCUUGCGUACGGUCUUUGGCGGCAUGCCUCGUCCAUAAAUCUGUUCCCGCGCUUGUACCUGUAUAUUGGCGGAGCUCUAUUCUUCACCGUUGCUAUCUUUUGGCUCGCCAGCGUCUUAUAUCAAAACAGGUCAGGACUUUCCACGGCACGAGUAUCAUACGACAACGGCGCAAUCAAAGUCACCCUGCAGUUGGCCAGGCCGCUGAAGGUGAAAGCUGGACAGUACAUAGGCCUCUGGAUCCCGUCAGCCAGUCUGGGUUCGGCCGCACAGACACAUCCUUUUACUGUUAUAUCCUGGUCCGAAAAGCCGCAGAAGCAUCUCGACCUGUUUAUCGAGCCUCGCGGCGGCUUCACCAAAAGUCUGUGCGCUCUGUCAGACUACGGCCCUGCCACACGCAGGGCAAUGUUCAGCGGGCCGUAUGGAAAGCAGCUACCAGUACAUUCAUAUGAAAAUGUCGUUAUGCUGGCCGCCGGAUUUGGCAUUGCUGCUCACCUACCGUAUCUGCGGAAGCUGAUCCACGAUCAAAACAGUCGCGCAACUUUAACUCGCAGAAUUCAUCUUGUAUGGCAAAUAGAUAGGACAGGCGUCGGGAUCGCCGCCCAGAAAUUGCUAAACGAGGCGCUCGACGAAGACAAGCUUGACGGAGAAUAUAAUCUCCGCAUCUCAAUCUAUAUCAAAUCAGAGAAUAUAAAUGAGGUAAAAUUCGGCGACAGAGCCACAGCAUAUUCCGGUGAAAUACCUCUUGCGGAUGUUGUCUCGUCGGAGCUGCGAGAACGACGUUCCGGGAGCAAGACAGUCAUAUCAGUAUCUGCGAAGGGUUUUAUUCGCGAAGCGCUGAACGAUCUGUUGUGGCAGAAUCGGCGCAGCAAUAUAGACAUCAUGUACACUGACUAUCAGCCAUGA